CAAUCAGCUGGCAGGCGGAGGGCGGGCAAAUACGUCUGCACGUCACUGAUUCACUAUUGGCUGUUCUGUUGCCGGGUCGGAUGAUGAUUGGGAUACAUGAGCAAUGAUUGGUUAGUGGAGGAUGGGCGGGGCGCGGCCGUGGUUACGUCGUAUUUGUUGUCGUGUCAGAGGCCGGGCCUGGAGCUGGAGUUGCGGCAGAGGCUGAGGGAUAGGCCUGCAGAGCAGCGAGCGGUAGUGGGUGGGGAAAACGGUGGGCAAGGUCGUUGCGGUUUGUGUUUCUUGCGAAGCCAAUCGGGGCCGAGGCUCGGUUAAGACUGAAAGCGGGAGUUGCUCUGAUUGCCGACAGACCAGGAUUCGGCGAUGAUGCCCCUGCGAGGGACCGACAACAGGGCCGAUGUGGGGGCCGCUGGCAGCGUGUGGAGCGCACGGGGCUGAGGGUUGCUGCGGAGACCGGGAUAAAUAUUUGGAUGACUGAGAAUGGAACAAGAUCUAAGUGAGCAGGUUUCUCCGCAGGUCAAUGAACAGCUGUCGUGCAGCGAUGAUAAUAAAAAAAAUUUGUUGAUUGACAAUUCCACAAGUGAUGCAGCAGAAACAAACACAUUCAAUAACACAUGUCAUGAAUCAGAAACUGAUUCAAAAGUCAAAGUACUGAGAGUGGAUAUAAGUACAAAAGAUGAAGUUGAAACUGCUGAGGUAGAAUUGAAGACGCCAGAGGUUGAGCAGAAUAUGAAUAAUGUGACAGACCAUGGUGGAAGUGGAGAACCUUGUGCUUUAAUUGCAUUUAAAACUGAUACAGGAAAAGAAUCAGAAAUUGGGUCAGAGGAUGCUGACUGUACAGAAUUGAGUAGAAUUGUCAAUCAAAAAUACAGUCCUACAUCAGAGACAUCAAAACAGACAGAUCCUAUUAAUUGGACCAAAUGCACAUCAUCCCCCUCUAACAAAUUUGAAUCUGAAAGUCCCUUUGAUACAAAAGUAACCAAGGACCUGAUGUCCAGGAUGGAGCAAGAAUCCUCUCAGGAUGCAUUGUUGGAUGAGCUAGAAUCAGAGUUCAACAUGUUUUCAACAGAAUCCUCCGUGAGCUGCAGUUUACCCAAUGGAAUUACAAAAGAAAACAGUGCCGUAAUCAUGUUGAAUGAGUCCAUACAAAGUAAAUUUCUUCAAGAAAAGAAAAUAAACAACACCCCUUGUAUGAUGUACAGACUGAUGGAAGAAAACAGAAAACAUCAGGAAAUGAUUGUUGAGAUAUGUGCAGAGAAAGACAACUUGAAAGAUGAAUUGAAGAAACGGUCUGAAACAGAAAAGCAACACAUCACUACCAUAAAACAGAUGGAAAUCCAAGUUGAAGAUCUCAUGAAGGAAAUAAAAAUGACAAAGGAGCGGUUGAUCUCUCAGGAUGCUGCUGCCAAAAAUGCCAUUCACCAGUUGCAACGAAAUGUAACUUUUCGGAUAGAACAAACAAACAAAAAAUGUGAGGAGGCUCGUCAGGAGAAAGAAGCGAUGGUAAUGAAGUACGUUAGAGGAGAGAAAGAAGCCCUUGACCUUCGAAAAGAGAAGGAAGGAAUUGAAAAAAAAUUAAGGGACGCAAACAGAGAACUGGAGAAAUUGACAAUGAAGACCAAACAACUCACACAAGAGAAGGCAAGAUUACAGCAACUCUAUGAGGCAAAGGAAGGCGAAGCUGCAAAGCUCAACAAAGAUGUUGAAAAACUAAAAGAAGACAUCAACUCCAACAUCAUCAAAGUGAAAUGGGCCCAGAACAAAUUGAAAAGUGAAAUGGAUACGCACAAGGAAACCAGAGAAAAAUUGAAGGAAACAACAGUCAAAUUAACUCAGGCUAAAGAAGAGGCUGAACAAAUUCGAAGAAACUGUCAAGACAUUAUCAAAACCUAUCAGGAGUCGGAGGAAAUUCGAUCCAAUGAGUUGGAUGCUAAACUGCGUGAAACUAAAGGAGAACUAGAAAAACACUUGCAGGAACAGUCUGAUCAAAUGGAGAUUCGCCAUGCUAAAAUAAAGGAACUUGAUGAUCUGAAAAAAACAUUCAAGGAAGGAAUGGAUGAGUUGCAUACUUUGAGAACUAAGGUAAGGUGUCUUGAGGAUGAGCGUUUGAGGACUGAAGAUGAACUGUCAAAAUAUAAAGAAAUUAUCAACCGGCAAAAAGCAGAAUGCCAGUCUUUGCAUGAACGAGUAAAGAUUGUAAACCACUUGGAAGAACAGCUUGAAAGAAAUGAACAAGAGCUUCAGACAUCAAAAGAGGAGGUUGACAGCCUGAACGCAUUCGUUACAGAUCUGCAGGAAGACAUUGAAGGGAGUCGCAAAAAGGAAUCUGAGUUGCUUCUGUUUACAGAGAGGCUGACCACCAAAAAUGCCCAACUUCAAUCUGAGAACAACACGUUGCAGAUGCAGCUUGACAAGCUGAAUAUUCGUGAGCGGGAGCUAAGUGUGCAACUUGAAGAGUUAGGACACACUAAUGUUGAAUUGAUGGACAGAUUACAGAAAGAACAGGAACUGCGUCAGCAAGAUGUGAAAGCUCUGCAGAAUGAGGUGAUCUCUGAACGGAAAGAAGUGAGUAAAUUGAAUUUACAAGUGGAAGAACUUAAAGAUGAGCUUGUCACGCAGAAACGAAAGAAAGCGAGUAACAUUAAAGACCUCACAAAACAGCUUCAGCAAGCACGACGGCGGUUAGAGCAAAUAGAUAAUGGCAGUUAUGACAGCAAAGAGGCCAGCAGCAUGGGAAGUCGUUCAAGUUCAUCAGGUAAAAGAAAAAGUUCUCUUGAUGCUCGGUGCAAUAAAGAAGAGCGAUCUCCGGAAAAUGCUGGUUGUAUUGUGCAGGCCGACAGUUUCCCUGAAGUGGACAAGACUUUACUGAUAGAACGUAUUGUGCGACUGCAAAAAGCUCACGCACGUAAAAAUGAAAAAAUUGAAUUUAUGGAGGACCAUAUUAAACAGCUGGUAGAGGAAAUCCGAAAGAAAACCAGAAUCAUUCAGACAUAUGUUCUGAGGGAAGAAUCUGGUGCACUGUCCUCAGAAGCAUCUGAUUUCAAUAAGGCCCAGUUGAGCAGACGUGGAGGAAUCAUGGCUUCACUUUAUACAUCACAUCCAGCAGACAGUGGGUUAACAAUGGAGCUCUCAUUGGAAAUCAACAGGAAGUUGCAAGCUGUGCUCGAAGACACAUUGUUAAAGAAUAUAACACUAAAGGAAAACUUGCAGACGCUGGGAACAGAAAUAGAACGUCUGAUCAAGUGCCAGCAUGAAUUACAGCAGCAACUAAAGCAUUGAAUUGGCACUGAUGUCUGUUUAAGCAACUCCAUUGUGAAUUCAAGAGAACAGGUGCUGGACAGGCAAAGAACUCACAUCACUCAUGACUCGGACAAGUAUAUCUUAUCUGCAGCCUGCAAGAAGAUAAUGUUGCUUCCCCCAACAUGCAGGUUUGAAAUAUUCAGUAUGCUGCAAUGAACUGAUUUUUCUGGAACCUUACUUUCUGAAACGAAUUUUCAGUUAACAUUUCUAAAUUUCCACAUGCAUUCCUGUGAUCUGCUACAAAAAUAAUGAAAGAUGACUGCUGAACCUGCAAGCAUAGUAAUUAGUGGAUAUUGACCAUUCUUCUGUGCUCUUUGGUCUUUAAGGAAAAAAAAGCAAUGAACAUUGUGCAUUCUUACUUAAAUUUUUUUCUGACAUUUUGGGGACUGGGGUGCAAUUAUACAGAGCGACACCUGAUCAUUUUUUUUUAGCAGACAGCUAAA